AUGAAGGGUUCUAGAGAAUUGGAUGUACUGCUCGCUUUAUGCGAUGCUGCUCCUUUGGUUACCAAAAUUGAUCACGCAUCGAAAAUGGUGUCACAACUUUCCCCCUAUCUACCCGAAUCUCAUAGCCAGUGCUUUAGGCCGUCCCCUUUCCUGUAUGACCUGAAGCCUUCACCUUGGGAGAAGCUUACUUAUAAACUGACAUCGUCACUGCUCUCACUGGGCUCCAAUUUUCCCCCGUUACGCUCGACCACUCUCAGCGCUAUCAACGAGUACUUGUAUAGCUGUGCGGAUGCUAUAGAUGCCAUUACGCCUCUUCAGCGCUACGAUUCUGCAGGCGACAAAUUCGGUUCUGUUCAAGAGCACAAACGCAUACUGUCACUCGCCGUUUCUCUUGUUGGAUUUUUAGAAGCAUCCGCACAGUUUCCUUCACUUUGGUCCGCCAGUGAAAAACUGCAGAUUGUUGAGCACGUACGAUCUAUGUUGUCUGAAAGUUUCAUGGUUGCAAUUGAGACCGCCUCUUCUACCGUGCGCAAUGCGAGCUUGGCUGAUCCUACGUUGAGGGACUGGAGAAGGUACACCCGGCAAUAUGCGGCAAACAGACGUCCUCUAGGCGCUAUGCUUCUGCAGCAAGGGUUCAUGCGUUUCGUCAAGUCAUGCGCUACUUCCCUUGUGGGAGCUCAAAAUUUGUCUGAUGAAGAGCUUCUUGACGACUACAUGAAUGGUGUCGGAAUUGCCAGGAGUAGCGAUGACGCUGAAAUCACCCUCAUUGAUCGUAUAACUGAGAUAAUUGCUGACGAAAUUCAACUCCUUGAGGAUGGUUCCGAUUAUCUUCAACUGGGCUCACCCUUGCAAAAGCAGCUCACCUUUUCUGUGAAAGCGUUUGCUCUUAUUGGAUACUUGAACUGCGUCAUAUUGAGUGGAAAUGCUGCCAACAGUGGGGCCUUUCUAUCUUGGUUGGAAGACACACUGGCAGACCCCAAUCAAAUGGCAAGUCUUGAGCUUGCAACUGCCACCCUGAAAAGCAUAGCUAUCAUCUCAAGGAUGUCUCUGGCCAGUGCAUCCUCUGGAAGCCGCUCUCUUUUGAGGUUCAUUAUUGAAGGGUGCGUGCUAGGGGAAUAUACUGGGUCUGUUGCUGGAAAGUGUCUGGCUCAAGUACUUGGCAUUUUGUCUCAAGAUGCCGUCAUAACAACUCUUUACUCUCUCGGGAACGCUUUGAGCCCUGGCUCAGGCUCUGACAAAUAUUAUCAUAGUCAGCUCUUGAAUGAGAAUGCUCGGCAAGCCGACAGUGUUUCUUCCGUUCCACCACCAAUUGGUAUUGGUAGUACGGUCUCCAUUUCAGCCAUUGGUGACCACGAUAAUGCAACCUGCAGAAACAUUCUCCGUGCUAUUGUGACAAUUGCAGUCAGCUCCAAUGACGAGAAAAUCAGUGCGCUAGCUCAGUCAAUGCUUUUGCAAAAGAUCGGCAAAGUCAACAUUGCAGUGGAUGCUCUCAUCAUUAGAGAAACUGCCUCCCUCUCAUUGAGCACAGGACAAGCAGACUUUCAACUCCUGCUCAAGUUUUAUGACCGUGCUUAUCAAGACAGUAUCGCCCGGAAUUUCAGUGAUGUCACAAAUGCAGUCAAGGGCGCAAUGGCAUACAUAUCUCUCACGCUGAGGAGGGAUUCCCCACUUUUCCGGGUCUAUUUGGUUCAUCUCUUGGAAUGUAUCGUGAAUAAAGGCGAUGCAGUAAGCGAAAGUGAGCGGCAGAAGGAGGUUGUUCUAGCACCAGAGGCCAUCAGUUUUCUCCUCAGACCUCUGGCUCUCCUCAUUUCAUCAGACGAAGGGGGAGCUGAGACACAACAGACAGAUGUAAUUUAUGAUGAAGACGUCACUGCCCUGUUCCGUGAUGCUUGGUUUAAUAUCUCUGUUCAUGGGAUCUCGACUCAGUCAGCUGUUACUCGAAGCCAUAUCCGAGAAUUACGCUUGCUCGCAAAGAACUCUCCGCCCCUGAUUGCUGAAAGUCGCUUAGAGAUGCUCGAGAGUGACGUAGAGCUGAACACAAUCCUCAGACGCGGAAUGAGCCCCCAACGGUUGAUAGAGCUCAAGAGGAUUCUCAUGGCCGAGCUACCUGAUUGCGAAUCAGGGAUUAAACAUCUGAAUUAUCCAAAAGUGGUCUUCCUCAACGCUUCUUUGUUGGUUGAGAGCCUCCGUGCGUCGUCGGGAAAUUGCACCAAAGUUCUCAAUUAUUUCCGCGACCCAGCCUUGACUACAGCUGACAUGGCCAGUUGCAUGAGCUCCAUUGCAGAUAAAGUCGUCGCUGACUACUUAUCCCUGACCCUAUCUGCGGACGAUGAGAAUUUCUCUGUUCCUUAUUUGUCAAAGGAAUUGGCUCAAUUCUUCAUGGCUUGCUGUCAUCGUAUAGAACGAGUGCAGAGCGUCGCCAUGUUGUGCGCCGACAAGAUCAUUAGAGAAUGCCCAUCAGCUCUCUGUGAUAAACAUUCCCUAUUCGCUCUUCUUGAAUUGCUGACUGUAAUGUGGCUGUCGUGUCUUGAGGAAGAGCUUGAUGAGUUUGAGUGGAAGGCUUCCUAUGCAUCACCGAUGGGAAUUGUUAAGGUUGAUCUUGCCGACGACUACAAUGCCAGGAAGAGAACUCUGAACACACUCCUUGAGCGAGCUAAAGCUUGGGUAGCAGCAGUUAUAGAUAUUGCACCUCUGGAUACAUACCUGUCCAUUUCCAACGACACCGUUGACGGCAGCCACAUCUCGCUGGGUCGUUCAUUUGCUCUCGACAUGGGCUCUACAAUUCCCCGAAGCGAUCAGCGACUCGGUAAGCUCUUGUUUCUGCACUCGCCUAAAUGCCCUAACGAAUUUCUAGGAUCAUUUCAAAGCUUCGGGAUUAGCAGGGUAAACGUUGCCUCUGACUUUAUUGCACAAUACACCAUCCGCCAGCAGUACCGGGCUCCAGACCCGCUCGCGACGAAAUAUUUGGAACAGGGAUCUGAGAAGAGCAAAGCUGCUGCUAUCUUGUGUGGCUCAGACUACUUUCAGCCCUCAAUUCUGCACCACCUGGUCAUCUUGCCGUUUCAACUGUUCUCAGAGGAGUCGAUGAACAUGGGUGUCGCACUGUGGCUUGGUGCGAUAUAUGAAAAUCCAAAGCUUGGACCCCGGAUCCUCGCAGAAGCGAUAGAAGCUUGGGAGGAAACUAUUCAGCGCAGGAAGGGCUUGUUCGACCGUUCUUUCGACUACGUUGAUCCGAUGUAUACGAAGAUUGAGCUGCUUCCUAGUGACAAAGCCCUAUUGUUGAAGAAGCAACAGAAGGCUCAGGCCACUCUCGCGCCGCAUCUAAUUGCCCUUCGUUUUUUUGAGAGCCAUUUUAAUGCCGUUCGAUUGAACAGCGCCCAGAACCGCCGUCUAUUCAGUCGUCUUAUUGAUAGAACGACUGUUGGGCUUCUGCAAACAAGUGGCCACCCCUUGGCUAGAGAGUUACAUUUCCGUAUUGUCCUCUUUGGCUCAAGGGUCAUACAAGAUUCUUUUCAACCAGAAAAGGUGGCUUGGUGGAAGCUCAACGAUCAAUUAUUGUCUGCUGCGCUCGAUUGGUUCAAGCAUCCGCCGAGGUGGUCCUUUGGGGGCAAUAGGUUGCAGGUCAAAGCCGAAGACCAAAUACUCGACGAUGUUAGCCGUUAUUUACGUCGACUUUCGGGUGUGCCCUCUCACACACGAGACAACUUCAAACCACUGCAACUCAAGUAUGAUCUUCUUCAGCUGCUCAUAGAACAUGAGAGAUCCCGUUUAAGAGUGUGGCUAUAUCCUUUAGAGGGGGAUCGAAAGCAUUUCCAGAUUUCUGGAAACAGAAACUCUGCAGAGAUGAAGAAUGAUAUACGUUCGCUAUUGCUCGAUUUCCCUGAGAAGGCUUUGGACGAGCCGAGCAGUCUCGAGUUGAUGCUGGGUGCAGCACUGCCUUCGGAUGUCUCUUUUCAGCUGAAGCUCGUUCAGGCUUUGCGAUACGAUGCAUUGGGCUAUGUAGAGCGUUACAUUCUUGAGACAGCCAAACAAUCGCAAUUGUUUGCCCAUCAAGUGAUUUGGAACAUGAAAGCCAACUCUUAUAAGGACGAAGACUCCCAGAUUCCCGACCCGCUCAAGCCGACUCUUGACCGUUUCAUGGAUACUCUCAUUUCUAGCUUCAGCGACGAGGAGCGUGAUUUUUAUGAAAGGGAGUUUUCUUUCUUCAACGACAUCACCGGUAUAUCAGGAAAACUUCGGCCAUAUAUCAAGAAAAGUAAACCCGAGAAGAAGGCGAAGAUCGAGGAAGAACUUCGAAAAAUCAAGGUCGAGAUUGGUGUUUAUCUUCCGAGCAAUCCGGAUGGAGUCGUCGUUGGGAUCGACCGAAAAUCUGGUAAACCACUACAAAGCCAUGCAAAGGCUCCAUACAUGGCAACCUUUCGGAUUCAAAAAACAAGGACCCGUGGGGACGAACGAGAAUCCCAGGGCCAAUCCCGCUCGAGUACUGCUGGCCAUGAUGCCUCGACGAAGACGUUGUCGGCGCCUCUGCAUUCUCCUUCCUCCCAAGAGACGUACGAAGUUUGGCAGUCAGCUAUCUUCAAGGUUGGUGAUGACUGUCGCCAGGACAUGCUGGCUUUGCAGAUGAUCGCGGCUUUUCGCAGUAUCUUUGCUAGUGCAGGGCUUGACGUUUGGGUAUUUCCCUACAGAGUGACUUCAACGGCCCCUGGCUGCGGAGUAAUUGACGUUCUUCCCAACUCCAUCUCUCGUGAUAUGCUAGGUCGCGAAGCAGUAAAUGGUCUUUACGACUACUUCAUUUCCAAGUACGGCGGGGAGCAUUCCAUGCGAUUCCAGGAAGCGCGAACGAAUUUUGUGAAGAGCAUGGCUGCCUAUUCAGUCAUCUCUUACCUUUUGCAGUUCAAAGAUCGGCAUAACGGUAACAUUAUGAUCGAUGAUGCUGGCCAUAUCAUACACAUUGACUUUGGCUUCUGCUUUGACAUUGCUCCAGGUGGUGUACGUUUUGAGCGCGCACCUUUCAAGCUCACAUCCGAGAUGGUGGCUGUCAUGAGCGGUACUUCACAUCCACAUAUCCAUUCACAUAGUGGCUCGAAUGGCGGGCUCGGCUUGCCUGGAGGGCACUCCAACAACCCAACUUCUACACAGCCGUACCGGUGGUUUGAAUCCUUGGUAAUAAAGGCUUUCCUCGCAUCCCGUCCCUUUUGCACCAAGCUCUCUCAUAUUGUGUCGUUGAUGCUUGAUAGCGGCCUGCCGUGCUUCAAACCUGAUACGCUCAAGAACUUCCGUGACAGGUUUGUGCUAGAGAAGAACGAGAGGGAGGCAGCCGAGUACAUGCGGGAACUCAUCCGCAAAUCCUACAUGAGCGUUUCAACGAAGGGAUAUGAUCAGUUUCAGUUGUUGACAAACGGAAUACCUUACUGA